AUGCCGACACCUCUGGUUACUGGUAUAUCGCCUCGUGAAGGUUGUCCAGGCAUAAAAAUAACUAUUCGUGGUGAAAAUCUGGGUCUUGAUGAAAAAGAUUUUAUUGGCUUGAAAAUUUGUGGUGAUGAUUGUCGACCAACAGCUACCUGGGUCAGUCCGACGAAAAUUAUCGCGUACGCAGGCCACGGUCAAGGUAAAGGUGAUGUGGUCGUUAUAACGAAAAGUGGUGGAGUUGGCUCUUGUUCAGUCGGAUUUUACGGACGAGUUGAACAAGCAGGACAAUUCCAAGAAGUUGCCGUAUGGAUAGAAGAAGAUGCUGUUGCUUUGUUUGGUUUGAAUACGUCAAAAGCACCAGCUCUCUUACCUGGAAGUAUUGAUACACUAAGUGGAUCAACUACAGAUAGCAUAAGUGCAACUCCAACAGAAGAACUGUAUGAAAUGUUUCCAACAAGUAGUACUGAUAUUACUCAAACAAAUUUCAAUCCAUAUUAUUACUUGCUCACAUAUAAAUCAAAUGCGAAUUUUGCUGAAUUACGAAAAAAUUUGGAGCAUUUGAAACGAACUCAGAUUGACAAUAAAGGUGCAUCGACGACAUUGGUUAAAAACAAUAUUGCUUCUUUUAUGGAAGCUGUUGACAUAAUGAAAGACAUCCGACGUUUCUCUGCUGAUGACCGAAAAAAGAAUGUCUACAGUCCAGUUAUUAAAUUAAUCGAAGAAAUUUCCCGCAUCGCUCAUUCCAUGUACGACACAGAUUUAGCACGUAAAGACUACUCCGAUACGAUUCGUAAUGCGCUAAAUGUUAUUCAAAGAUACAAAUUUAUAUUCCAUUUGCCACAGACAAUUGAGCGAAGUGUUAAGCGAGAAGAAUAUGAGAAAGUUAUCAAUGAUUUUGUUCGUGCACGCGCAGCAUUUGAAACUGUUGAUUCGAAAGUUUUUCAAAAUAUUCAACGUGAGGUCGAACAACAGAUUCAAAACUUGCGCACAUUAUUUCGUCAACGUCUGACUGAAUUUCCCUCGUCUAUCGAUGAUCAAAAGCUAUUUAUUCGUUAUUUGCAUUCCCUCGACUCCAAGGCAGAUCCAGCAUGGGAUUGUAUCAUCCAUCAGAAAGCAGCACUGAUCGAUGUACUUCGAUCGUGUGUAGUCGAUCGUUUACACCAACAGCAGCAGCGACAACAACAACAACAACAGACACAUGAUGUUAAACUUCAUCAUCAUGAUCAAGCAACUGCUAUGGUAGACCAAGCGUGUGAUGUUCUCACGACUGCUUUCCCUGAUCUGUGGUAUCUAAUACAAUUGUAUUUAAAAAAGAAAUUGUAUCCACUAUCUGAAAGAUCCGAGGAACUUGAUCGUACCUACACACACAAACAACCUGAAUUUGAUGCUUUAACCGAAGAAAUUAUUCAAACAUUUAUCAGUGUUGUUCGACUUAAUCUACUGACACGAUCGACAACUGGAGAAUCCGAUAUGUCAACUUCACAAAUCAAUGAUAUCUACACAAAUGCUGAGGAAAUCUAUCAACGUGUCAAAACUCUUCCACAUUGUGUUCAAAAUUGCCGCUUAUGUGUUCUACAUCUCGUUUCCCUGGAUAUCCAAGCACAUUUCAAAAAAGAUCUUCAACAGUUAAUGUUCGAUUUGCGUUUAGAAUGCUUUAAAGUUAUUAUGGAUCAUGCAUGUUUAGAAGUAUCGCGUUUGAACACGCAAGAAACAUGGGAAUUAGAAUGCGAUGAGGUUCUUGGUUCUCACACAAAAUUGCCCAAUCUAUUUCAUGAUAUGAUUGUCACAAAGGCAAAUAUAAUCUAUGAAAAUGUUCUUUCUGUUAACGUAACAAAAGGCGAACGAAAAUUCUUCGAAGAUAAAGAAGCGACUAAACAAGCAGCUAUUGCUGUCUAUCGUUUAUUAGAUGAUUUUUCAUCGGUAUUUCAAAUCUUAAUCAAAGAUUGUUCGUCAACAUCGAACUCCAUCGAGCCCCUAUCAGCAUCGACAACAAUGAUCACAUCAUCCGAACACUUAUCAAAAACCCUUCGACUGAUCAUUAUCUUGAACAAUUUCGCCUAUACACGCCGAUUUAUUCUUCCACGUUUGAAGAAAAUCUUUCUCAACUAUGGCUUCCGCGGUAUGGAUCGUGUCUACGACGAAAUUGAAAACAUUUACAAACGUGUCGACGAACAACUAUUAGACACCGUACAAAACGAAUACCUUCGACCAUUCCUUCAUCGCCUAGAAUCCCGUAUGUACGCAGGAAGAUUCGAUUGGGCGACACACCAACGUGUUAUAACUGUCAAAGAUUAUGUCAAACACAUUAUACUAGAUUUAGCUCGUGUACAUGCCGAAGUCUAUUCUAUUAGUAGUCAAUUAGUUUAUACUGUCCUCUCACGAAUACUAUCAACAUUAGUCAAAGAAUUAGCGAAACUAUAUUCAAAUAUCAAUCAGUUUAGCAAAGCAGGUGGCAUGCAAGCAUGCUUAGAUUUAAUUGCAUUGCAAGAAUGUCUUGGCCGUUGUAUGGAAAGUGGAACGUCGAGUCAACUGAAGGAAAUCAUAACGCAAAUACCGGAUGCUACUGAGCAUAUCAAAUCAAAAGCUUUAACUGACAUGUUAAAUGUUUUUUUGAAACAAAUGCAACCUUAUUCCAUUGCUUUUCGAAACGUUAUUCAACCACAAUCGAAUACAAACUGA